ACAGGCUAAUUUAUUACUCUCUAAUCAUGACAGUUACCAGUAUUUAAAAGAUAGCCUUUGUAUUUUGACAUCGAAUAUUAUUGCCCAAGUAUAUGCGUCCUCGUUCGCGCGAUUAAACACAGAACUAAACCAAAUAUAGCUGCCCUGUCAGAGCUAAUGCUAAGGAAGUAAGCUAGCUGAGGGGGAAUACAGGUAUUUGCAGCUCAGGUGCUAACAGCUUACCCUGUAUUUAUGGGGUCCUAUCUUGGGGAGCUGCUGAGCCUCCUGCUGGUGUCGGUGCUGUGGGGCUGCACCAACCCCCUCCUGAAGAGAGGCACCGAGGGGAUAGAACAUGUCACUGAGACCAGCAGAGUCUCACAGAUACUGGCUGAGCUCAAGUUUCUUUUCCUAAACCUCAAGUACCUGGUCCCAUUUCUCCUGAACCAGAGUGGCUCUUUGGUUUACUAUUACACACUGUCCACCACAGGUGAGACACACAAUCCAAAAUCAACCUCAUCACUGUCCGAUGGCAGCUUCUGUCGAGAUUUAUCGCUCGCUGUUCCUGUUGCCAACUCUCUCACCUUCCUUUGCACUGUGCUCACUGGCAAGGCACUGGGUGAAGAGUUUGGAGGCAAACAGGCCGUCGCAGGAAUGUUCCUUACCAUGGCUGGCAUCACUCUGUGCAUUAUAAGCUCUGUUGAUGACAAAGACGCUGGGAAGCAGGAUAUGACGCAGGCUGUUCACUAACAGAGAUCAGGAUUAAAGCUAACUCUCCCACACCUUCAAGGGAUUCCUCAGCAGGAGAAGGAAAGAAGGUCAAAGGAGUGCCAGAGCGGGACUAGAGGGGGCAAUUUAGAUUCAGAUAGCGACUCCUUAGAGCAUCGGUGCUGGUGGGAGAAUUGCUCCUAAAUGAACUCAGCGUGAGCUUCAAAAGACCUGUCCAGAGACUGUCUCACCAAGCUGAAGGGGAUGUGGGUUCACGCAGGGUUCACUUCAAGGCUAGACUAGAUUUAUGGUGCUUGCAUAGAAGUUGGUGGUUGUUAACUUUUACUUUUAAACACUCCGCUGCCCCUCCAUGUGACUGGCAUCUGCAUAAACGCUAUAGAGGCCACAUACAAAUGAGGCCUGGGUUUGAAAUGGACCAAUUAGAUCCAACCUCCUGGUUUAACGGGGACAUUUUACAGCAGUGGCCUUCUGUCCACUGUGGUGUGUGUUUGGGGAGGAGCGGGAGACAGAAGAGAACUAAUUGGUGUUUAUCUGGAACAUAAAGCUGCUUUUUAUACUUAUUUUGUCCUUGUUCUGCUUCCCCCUGCUGCCUUGUGUAGAUAAUGUAUUACUGUGGUAGAUAUACCACUGUUAUUUGCUGAAGUUCUUUGAGAAUUAAAUGUCCAAGGACUUGUAGGAUUUGUAAACAACACAGAUGUGACAGUAAUGUACAUAGUAAUAUAUAUUUUUUAUUCUCACAGUAUUUAGUUGACACAAAACACUGUCCAGGUGACUUCGUCAUUGGUGCAUAAAUUCUGUCUGUGAUGUGGCUGAUAUUUUAUUAAUAAAUUUUUGGCAAAACAA